AUGAAAGUUUUUAAUACAAAGCUUCAAACGGUAGUGAGAGAACAACUGACUGCGGAAGGGCAUCCAUUACCUUCAGAAGUUACCAUAGCAUAUAAUUUUGAAACAAACUCAAUAGAUUUUAAAGUCAUCUCUGCAAAGAAGUCAGGUUUUACAUUUAAUGAAGCAGAUGUAUAUUCGAAUGAAAACUUCAAAGCUAUUGCAUGGUUAGAUAAUGACGAUUGCUUUAAGAAAAUAUUUAAAUACAGUGACUCAACGAUGUCAAUAGAUGACCUUCGUGGAAUGUUACCAUCGACGUUUACAGUAGAAGGUUCAGCAGGAUUGCUUACAAGAUUGUCAAUUGGUGGUAUUUGGUCUCGUGAGAACAUUGUUAUAAAAUCCAGUAUAAGUGAAUUUGCUGAAGAAUCUAUAUUAUGUCUUUCAAACUACAUGUAUUCGCCGCCGAAGCAUUAUAGUAUAACAAACUUUGUCAGUAAGUUUAACAUAAGACUUGUCGAACCUUCUUCAAUGAAAGAUGUUGUGCUACCUAAAGAUGGAAAGGAUGGACUCAUUAUUGAGAUGAUUUUAAUUGCAUAUUAA